UCAACCACACCAUACAGCCGUGGUUUUCCUUCCUCGAUGAUACCCCUCUAAUAUCUAGUGAACAAUUACCAACGAUAGAACUGGGGCGAACAGGGGGGUUAAAGACAUAACACCAUGCGUCUUCACCUUAUCAUCCAACGCCACGGUCUCCCCGUAACGCGCAUUCUCUGGACAACCACAGCACCGUCUCUCCUCGGACAUGGAGUAGCAUCGAGCUCAUCACAUGGAAUUCCAUCUACCUCAACAGCGAUUGCUUCGACGCGCGCACCCAACGCCUCGUACGCAAAUGGCGGAUACACGAUCGCGCAACUUCUGGAGGAUCUGAAUGAAGUUGUACCGUUGGAGACAGAGGCUGGACUGUUUGAUCAGGAGGCUAGUGGACAAUGGGGACUGGAAGAUUAUGCGGUUGAAGUCGAGGGGUCGGAAUGUUUGCAUUUUAUGGAGGUGGAGGGUUUGCUUAGGGAUGGGGAUGAGGUUGUAAUUCGGGCUCUUCAGAUAUCAGAUCUCAGGGCUAGGCGAUUAUCCGGCCGUCAUCAAAUUUCGGGGGAUGGAAAGCAUCUCAUCGAUGGAGUUCCCUUUGGCAAACCUUACUUGAAACGACCUACUUCUUCGCGGCCGGCGAUUACUAUUCCUCCUCGGAAGAAAAGACGCACUGUCUUCUCGAGCUGGGGACGUGGCGAAGACUACGAAGAAGAGGACACAGAGUGGGCACCAGCCGAACAGGGUUAUCUAGGGCCGAGACUCUCUACAUUGUUGGAUGCUCGAAGGGACAUCUCCGGGGAACGCGAGGAGGAAGACUAUGAAGAUGACCAGGAGGAUGAUUACGAGGAUGUUCACCAGGAUGUCCAUGAAGAUACCUACGAGGAUGCUUAUCAGGAUGUCCAGGAGGAUGCUGGUGAUGGGACGGUCAUCCGGCACACUGUCGAGACUGGAGAUGCACAGGCCUCGGAAAGUGAUGCUGAAUUGUCCGAAUUUGAGGUGGGGGAACUGGCCGAUGAGCUGAAGGGUUUGAAAGAAGAUCUGGAAUCCUCCGGUUUUCCUGAAACCGGCGGGGCGGAUUAUGAACAGACCGAAGAACCAGAGCAGCUCCCCAAAGUAAAACCUAGCCCUAAGCAGACGGCCCCAGAUGACAACUUUGCUCCGAGCGUCAUCAACGUUGACGGAUCCGUUGGGGAGGACACCCCCCGCAGAAAGUCUGUCAGGUUUCAGAGACAAGCUGCCAAGGAGUCACCAGUCCCUUCAAAAUCAGAAAAGCCCGAUGUCGCUGAAGUCUCAAAUAUAGAAGAACCUGCUUCGAGCCGCGCAAGUGCAAGCGACUCUAGUGAGUCGUCUUCGGAUCAGACCUCGAGUUCCUCGUCGGAUUCGGAUUCAAAUUCGGAUUCGGAUUCAGAUUCAGAUUCAGACUCGGAUGACUCCAGCUCCGAUUCUUCCAGCUCUGAUUCAGAUGGCGAUUCUACAUCAUCGUCGGAUUCGGACGAUUCAGUGUCUACCUCGGUCUCCGAGGCAAAGCCUGUCGCCAAGAUCAACCCACCUGGCCAAGGUUCUCAAAGGACCAAGAAAAGCAACCAGCGUAACAAGCUGCGCCGCAGGCUUUCAAAGCUCAAGGAAAUCGGUGUCUUAUCUUCACAGGCAGACUUUGCUACACUUCGGGAGUGGGAAGAGCAAAAUCCAAACUGGCAUCCACCAAUCGAAGACAACCCUGUUGUCGGACAGAAGCGCCAGACCAAGGAACAAGAACUAUCAGAGUUUGAGGCAAAAAGGCAGAAGUUGUUGCAAGAUCUCGCGUCCGGUGGAAUCGAUAUUGAAGCUAUUUCUGAAAAGGAAAAUGUCCCGCCAGGCAAGGACAAAGAUCAACAGCAUAUCAGAGAAGACAGCGUGAUUGUAGUCGAUGCCGAACGCCAGUCACCGGAUGAAAUAGCUGCGGAACCCGCCAAAAAGCCCAAGCUGGAUGUUUCAAGCACCAGACGUAUGUUGUUCGGAUCUUUGGGAGUCAGGACGCCACGGUCCAAGGAAGAUGAAGAGGCGACUCGGGAAAAGCUCGCAGGGAAGAAAAACAACUUUCAACCUCAGGACGCGCUUAAGGAGGAUCUUGACGAAAUCGAAGACGACUCUGAGGUGAACUGGGAAGAUAAGCUUGUGGUCAAAGCUACUGAGUGUAUUUUCGACGACAUAGUUCUGAGCGCCCCACCUUUCCCAUUUGAGCAGCGAUGGGAUGUUGAGGCCCAUGAAAUUAUAGGGCAACGCAAGGGCUGGGGAAAGAAACGGAGAAGGAGACGGAGGGUCCAGGUCUACGAAGAACCUGAAGAGGAGUACUACGAGAACGGUGAUGAAAGUUACAUCAAUGGUGACAUGGAGCUUGAAUAUGAUGAACAGGGACCCGCGGAGCUCGAGUACGAUGAACCGGAGCAACCGAAUGGCGAUAUCCCAGACAACAUGGACGGAAUAGAACAAGGUUCAAAUGAGGUGCCCGAAGACACACCCGGUGAUCUUCCUCUCCUUCCCAACGAUCUGGGUUCAGUCAGUGACCUGGUCGAAAGCGAGGCGAAAAAAGGAUCGACCAUUGCUUUCAAGCAACUCGACAUGUCUAAGGCCACGAACUGGCAGCCCCGGAUAUCGGAAUAUCUAGUAGCUGAAAUACAUCAUGUGUACGACGGCGGUAUACUCAAUAUAAGACUUGCCCAACGGGAUCGAAGACAAAAGGAAGAAGAUGGUGGUGAAGAGGAAGAGAACGGCCCUCGCCAAUACAGCGGAUUCGAAAUGCCGGGAUUUGAAGACGAUGAGGCGGAAGAUGAUGGAUUUCGAGAGGUAUCAUUUGCAGAUCUCAUGGAACCAAAGCUUCUCCGGGCUGCUAAAGCUGCCAGCCGGGAAGCUACCAAACCCAGCCUUUUCCCUGCAGCAGAGGAGCCUGUCCCGAUCUCUGAUCCGGCAACAGACGAGGCCGGCAUUGCGUCCACCAAAAAAGACCAUUCACCACCGAACAAAGGUCAUGGCUCGCAAGUCCAGGAGUCAGAGGUACCAGAAAGCGAAACCCUUGACGGCAUCAAAUAUCCCGUUAAAGGACUCCAGGCGAAAGAUACUCCUGGGAAGCGGAGUGUAAGCCCUCCUGUCAAGUCACCAGAAUUUACCGGGUUUGAACCUUCCUCGCACCUCGAGGCUGAUAUCAAAAGCAGCCCGAAGCGUGAAGCCCGCAACACUAGGCCCGUCAAAGCUGCAAAAAAUUCAGGCGAUGAUAAAGAAUCCGACGUUGGUCUACCAGAAAUUAAAGCAGAAAAAACGGAUCCGCAGCCAGCACCGCACUCGCCUCUUCCUCCCGAUUUUUCUGAUACUAUUUACCCGGCGGUUAAUAUGGACGACGACUUGGAGAUUAUUAGCAUCCCCGAAAUAUUUGAAAACUUCGACCGUUAUCUGGAAGCCUUCUGUGAGGGAAAAAACCCGCCUCCCUUUCGCUUUUCACCAGAGCCCAAAAAAGAAGAAUUGAGUCAGAACCCAGCCCGGCCGCUAUCUCGCUCCUCCGUGUCUUCGACAGUUCCGAAUCCGUUCUAUAAAAUCGACAAGGCCCAAGAAGAGCGCCAACAACGCAACUCCGAGAAGACACAGGACAAAACUGUCAACGAAGACAUAGACAACACCAUGGAACCAAUGUCUCUUGAGGAGAGCUGCGUGGCUUCCCCGGCUGCGCACGAAUUACCGACCAGUGCACAACCGCAGAGCAAACAGUCAGUCACGCUGCCGCAUUUGUCACCUAUCAGUUCGAUCCCGGAAACCAACUUGCAACCCAAGGGAGAGCCUGCCUCACAGCCACCCGAGGCAUCCCAGAUGUCCGAUAUAGUAGACCUGACCCAAUCCAGUCCACCCGUCUCCCCAGAUGGGAGCGACGAGGAUUUUGCCAGAUCUCAAAGACUAUCACAAGGGCCGGGAUGGGUGCAAAAGACCCUGCCUAGCACGCGCAGGCGAACGAGGUCAUCGACGACACCAAGGGUCCAGACGCUACAUGAGUCGAGCAUCACUCCACCACCGAGUCGGAGAAGGAAAUCGCGGCGAUAGAAGAGGUUGAGAUAUAUAGACACGUGUUAUGAGGUUUGCUGAAUCUUACGGUUUAUUUUUAUUUUUAUUUUUAUUUUUUCCUAGCCAUGUACGGGGUUAAUUUGGUUUGUUAUGUCGGGGCGCAGCGGAAUUGCUAUGAAUACUUGUGCUGUUGUGUGUAUAUUAUCAACGAUAUCCUGUACAAAAUCAUUGCUGGAAUAUGGUUAUGAUGUUUACUCCAGGCUGGUCUGCUAAUCGACUCUAAUUUUGUUUUUGUUUUUUACUGAUUCUUUCCAUCAUCAUCGAUAUACAAAAGUCCAUUA